CUUCUCCCCACGCCGCGGAGCCGCGGGGGCUCGGUCACCGCGACCGGGCGCGGCGCGGGCAGCGGCGGCCUCGCUCCGGGGGCAGGCGCCGGGGUUAACUUCACUGGCCGCGAGGAAGAGGAGGAGGAGGAGCCGGCGGGGCGGCCCCGCGCUCCCUCCCCCUCACACGCCGGGGCUUCUCAGUGGCCGCCGGAGGAGGAAGUUCCGCUCCCAGACUGAGCCGUGCGGUAGCAACAGCGGCCGCGGCGGCGGCGGCCGGGAGGGCGCUGGUACUUGGGACGCGGAUGCCCUUCGCGCCAGCCGUCCAUUGGGCAGCGCGGGAGCUCUGGCCGGAGCCGGGAGCCAGGGGGCAGCGUCGGGAGGCGCGAGCGUCCGGGACCUUCCGCCACUUCGCCCAGCGCCGCCGCUGGGUCUUACUGAGGAGGUGGGAGACCGCCCUCCCUGUUGGCCGGCUUCCGAGGAGCCCCUGAUUUUUCCAUCACUGCGGUUGAGCGGUUCUGGAAUCGAAGCAGAAGAGGAGGUGAAAGGAACCUUGUACAACUCCUCGGAUCUGGCCAGUCCCCCUUCGGGGGCGGGAGGCCACGCUGGAGCAUCCACUGGGGUGCAGGAAUGGAAGAACCCACCUUGCAUCUUUUCUGCGGUGUUGCCUGAUCCACCCUUAGGAAUGAGAAGGACACUUUCAAGAACCUCGAUGGAGUCCUGAAAGCCAAAUGGCAAAGAAGAUACCACAGGACAGAAACUAGUGAUCGUCUGGGGGGCCACACACGUUUCUGAGUGUAAUUGGACAAGCAUGGAAGACGUGCCCUGUUAAAAAGCACAGCAGUCCUUUACGAGGAGAAAAAUUGAAUUUCCCCAUUCUUGCCAAGGUUUUGAAGACUGUUCAAUGUAUUGUACAUUUGAUGUAAGAUGACAACUUUAUAAAAUAUUCUGUCCAAGAGCGUAAACGAUGACUACCCCAGCCCUGCUGCCCCUGUCUGGACGAAGGAUACCACCCCUGAACUUGGGGCCGCCUUCGUUCCCACAUCACAGGGCUACCCUGAGACUUUCCGAGAAGUUUAUCCUCCUUCUGAUUCUAAGUGCCUUCAUCACCCUGUGUUUUGGGGCAUUCUUCUUCCUUCCAGACUCUUCAAAACACAAACGCUUUGAUCUGGGUUUGGAAGAUGUGUUAAUUCCUCACGUAGAUGCCAACAAAGGGGCUAAAAACCCUGGAGCCUUCCUGAUUCAUGGACCCGAUGAACAUAGACACAGGGAAGAAGAGGAACAUUUGAGAAACAAAAUUCGAGCUGAUCAUGAGAAGGCCCUGGAAGAAGCAAAAGAAAAAUUAAAAAAGUCGAGAGAGGAAAUCCGAGCAGAAAUUCAGACAGAGAAAAAUAAGGUAGUCCAAGAAAUGAAGACAAAAGAGAAAAAGCCACUGCCACCAGUCCCUAUACCAAACCUUUUAGGAAUAAGUGGUGGAGACCCUGAAGAUAAUGACAUAAAAAAGAAAAGGGAAAAAAUUAAAGAGAUGAUGAAGCAUGCCUGGGAUAAUUACAGAAUAUAUGGAUGGGGACAUAAUGAACUCAGACCUAUUGCGAAGAAAGGCCACUCCACUAAUAUAUUUGGAAGUUCACAAAUGGGUGCUACCAUAGUAGAUGCUUUGGAUACCCUUUAUAUCAUGGGACUCCAUGAUGAAUUCCGAGACGGGCAAAAGUGGAUUGAAGACAACCUUGAUUUCAGUGUGAAUUCAGAAGUGUCUGUGUUUGAAGUCAACAUUCGAUUUAUCGGAGGCCUACUCGCAGCGUACUACCUUUCAGGAGAGGAGAUAUUCAAGAUUAAAGCAGUCCAGUUGGCUGAGAAACUCCUUCCUGCCUUUAAUACACCUACUGGGAUUCCAUGGGCAAUGGUGAAUCUGAAAAGUGGAGUCGGGCGGAACUGGGGCUGGGCAUCUGCAGGUAGCAGCAUUCUCGCUGAAUUUGGGACACUGCACAUGGAGUUUGUCCACCUCAGUUACUUGACAGGGGACCCCGUUUACUACAAAAAGGUCAUGCACAUUCGGAAACUACUUCAGAAAAUGGAACGUCCAAAUGGUCUUUAUCCAAAUUAUUUGAACCCAAGAACAGGUCGCUGGGGUCAGUAUCAUACAUCAGUUGGCGGGCUGGGGGACAGUUUUUAUGAAUACUUACUGAAAGCAUGGUUGAUGUCAGAUAAAACAGACCAUGAGGCAAGAAAAAUGUAUGAUGAUGCUAUUGAGGCUAUAGAAAAACAUCUUAUAAAAAAGUCCCGUGGAGGCCUUACCUUUAUUGGAGAAUGGAAGAAUGGGCACCUGGAAAAGAAGAUGGGGCAUUUGGCCUGCUUUGCAGGGGGAAUGUUUGCACUUGGAGCAGAUGGUUCCAGGGACAAAGCUGGUCAUUACUUAGAGCUAGGGGCGGAAAUCGCACGCACAUGUCAUGAGUCAUAUGACAGAACUGCAUUAAAGCUGGGUCCCGAAUCCUUCAAGUUCGACGGCGCAGUAGAGGCAGUGGCAGUCCGGCAGGCUGAGAAGUAUUACAUCCUCCGUCCCGAAGUCAUCGAGACCUAUUGGUACCUGUGGCGAUUCACCCAUGAUCCGAGAUAUAGGCAGUGGGGCUGGGAAGCAACUCUGGCUAUUGAGAAGUACUGCCGAGUCAGCGGUGGGUUUUCCGGGGUGAAGGAUGUUUAUUCCUCCACCCCUGCGCAUGACGAUGUGCAGCAGAGCUUCUUUCUUGCUGAAACAUUAAAGUAUUUGUAUCUGCUGUUCUCCGGUGAUGACCUUCUACCUUUAGACCACUGGGUGUUUAAUACAGAAGCUCACCCUCUGCCGGUGUUGCAUUUAGCCAAUACCACUCUUUCAGGAAACCCUGCUGUUCGAUGAAAGCAGCCUCAGAAAGACCAUUCACACCUGUGUUUUGUUUACAUGGACCACUAUAGAAGUUAAUCCGAGAGGGGACUUCUGAAAACCCGAACCUCUUACGUCAGUGUGACAGGGUGAAGCACGACUCAUUCCCCACAGACUUGUCAACCUGUAGAUAUCUCAACUUUGAAAUGAUUCCAUUUUAUACCUGACCAAAACAUAUUCCCCUGUGCGCGGGACAGUGACCUUGUGCUUCGAUUCUUACGGAGGUGGCCGUGCGAGGAAUGGUUCCUGUGAGGAUGGGACUGCGUUCUAGUCCCAGGGUCUGGAGGCCGGACUCCCUGAGAAUAAGCAGGAGUGUGGAGCGUCACAGCAGGAGUGAGAGAUGGCUUUUGUCACCGGUUUAUGGGUCUCUCCCAAAGGGGAGCAGCUUUCAAAUCAAAUAUGUACACAUUGUUUAGCCCUUUUUUCUCCAUUUUUAAUAAUGGAGUGAACUAAAAUAAACAAGAACAAAAGGACAGUGUAACUGGAUCAGCAGCAAGAAGGCUCGGGAAAGAAACAGAAGUUCCCACCCCGUCUGAAUUUGCAAGUUCCCGCUGGAUGACCAGACUGGCAGCCAUUUCAAAUCCCAGUCUGUUCCACUGAAAUGUCUUAGUUAAAUCUAGUUUUCUCCGGGGGUGUCAUCUGACAAGGGAUGUCCUUCAAGUCUGUCUCCACAUGGAGUCAUCCAAACUAGUUGUCGUAGCCACUACCUAGGAGCCUCGCUUCGGGAUUCUGUGCAUGUCGUUCAGUCUUGUGUCGGGAGCAUGACAGAAGGUGGGGAAAUGGGCAGUUUUUGCCCUGAAACCUGUUCUAAGAGAAAGUGUUGAUUUUGUUGGUAGGAGAUUAUUUUUCCAGACCAGCAAAUCUACCAAGUAAAUUUUAACCAUUUUAACCUCAUUAUAACCUUAGUAGAACCCCUCAACUUACAACUUUAUUUGUAUGGCUUGGCAAAAUCCGCUGUCAGCUCUGAAUUUGCCGUGGAAAGCCACAUUACUGUCACAUCUUACUGAGUCAAAAACAAGACACAUAGAGUGGAACUUCCUUAAAUAGCAUCAUCUGAAAUGGGGACAUGGGUCCUUCACUAUCUCGUCAGAUGAGUGAGCUUUUCAAAAAUAUUUUUAAGUAAAAAUAAGUUUAACUUUUAUUUUUUUCCAAGAAUAUUUAUAGAAAUCCAAAGAGUUCAUCAAAAUAGCUGCAAAAUAAUUUUUAGUGAUAAAGGUGCAGUGCAAUUAGUCAUAUUACACUGCAUUUGGGAUAUAAUAGCUAAAGGAUUUCCUUACACCAUCAGAUUUUGCAGUGAUAUUUCUUUUUGAAUAAAUUAAUGUUUCUUUAUAUUUGGGGGGAGGAAUUUAAAAUUUAUUAAGAACUAUAUUGUAAGAUAAAUAAUGCUUAUAAAUUUUCUGUCCCUUGAAUUUAUGUCACAGUACAAGACACUUUCUCUUCUUUAUAUUUAAUACAAACAACUUCCGUUGACAAUGGAGGUUGGGAGUAGGAUAACAAGUCCAAUACUUAUCUGAAUCGGAAGGUGUCGUGAAACACUGUCUGCAAGAACCCACCCUGGCACUCUGCGGGCGUAUGUCCUGAGUUUGGUGGCUCUUCUUUUUGACCUUUCAUGGGCAUGUGGAUUAAAUUGGAAAAAGAUUUAUAAAUUAAUAGAACUAAAUAUUUUCUAAGGGUGAUCAUCAUACCCCAUGACUAGUCAAAAAAUCUUCAGAGUCAGCCAGUGAUCGAUGAUGAUCACGUUUUUUAGUGUGCACGGAAAACAAGGCUGUGGAGCCAGUCACAUCACUUCAGUCUUAAAGAGAGCUCGGUUUUAGCUCAUAUUUGAAAUUGUAAUAUCUUUUACUACUUGAAAACUGACACUUUAAAUGAGAAGGGUAGGUGACUGUAACUUCAGAAGAGAAAGAGGGGGAAAAGUACUUGAUUCUCAAAACAAAAAGUGGAAACUUGAGUUGGCAGGGACCCAGACGGCUGUGCAGGUGGCAGUGGACCCGCCCUCACUUCGUUUAGAGGAGUCCGAGUAAAGAGCCCUUCUGGGUUCCCCGGGAACUUCUCAAGGAAUAAGACAGAACCCUCACUCUCAGUGCUCUGUUGUAUUUCUCCAGUGACUGGAACUUAGCAGAAGGCAGCACGUGCACGAGCCUGGCUGGUGCAGGAACAGGCACACAAUUUGCGAGGGGCCCUGGGAGGGUCUUCCUCACCGGCCCCUACCUUCCUUGUGAGGAUGAGAAGACCAGAGCUUCAAAUAAUGCUUCCAUUCUUUUCCUUCUUAAUACCAAAGGUAAUUAAAGUCAGCUACAAAUGACUUGCCAGGGUCAUGUUUUAUUUUUGUUACGGAUUUUUACAAUGAUUUCCUUCAAGAUCAAUCCUUAUGCCAUAUUCUGCUUAGUUCCCAAGAGCAUUCUUUACUCUGUCCUGUUCUUGACAGUCCUUUGCAUUUUGUAGACCUAUUACUCAGGCUAAAUAACUUACUACACACAUGAAACCUUCUGCAAAGGGCCUAGAAAUGCUCCUUUCUAGGUGUCUCCUCAGAGUGGACACCUUACUUUGUGCCUUUGGCACAGAUAUGCAAAAUAGAUCAGUUGGUAUGUAAAAGAAAAAAAUAAAGAUGGUUGAAUACCCCUCUAACUUCUACAUUUAGUUCUUUUACAAUUUUAGAAUCACACCUUUUUGUUCAAACCACUAUGAAAUUGUUAAGACCAAGAGAAUGUGGCCCUAACCAAAAAGCAGUCUUGGUGCAGAAAAAUAAGUCCCCCAUCAGAGGGUGCUUGCUUUCCGGUGGUUAUGUGCUGAGGCAUGUCUCUCUGACGCCAGCUUGUCCCUGUCUUCGAGCAAAUGUGUAUGUAUAACUGAGUAUGGAAGGAAUGUAUUCCUUUUGUGGGAUAUUGACCGUGCUUUUCUAUGGUGGCAUCUAGGGCUUCACUGGGUAGAUUUUAACCGUGCAGUGUGAAAUUUCGAUCAUCUCAUCUCCACUCUGCAUUGCCAGAGUCUUUGUCAAAACUGCAGGUGUGUUGAUAAGAGAUUGUGCAUGCCGUUCUCAUUAUGCAGUUUCUCCUGAAGCCUGGAUUUCUCUGAACGAAUGCGGGAGUGAGAGAGAGAACGAGUGAGCGGCACGUAGUGCCCACCCCGUGCCAGGCAUCACGCCGGGCGUCUCGCUGGGCACUGGCGGGCAUCAGGGUGUUCGCGAUUCCACUGGCGUUUUCUGUAUGAGAGUAGUUCAUACCAUUUUAAAUGGUUCCCAGUACGAGUCAUGUUUCAAAAUUCUUAAUUUUAUAGUUCGUUGAAAUUAAAGAGUAAAAGAAAUUGUUUAUAAUAUAUUUUAAACAGUUUGUCACUGCAUAAUCCCAAUAGCUAUAAUUGUAGUUAAUAACUAAACUUGCAGAAAAUGUCAAAAAAUACUUGAUUUCUGAUGCGACUUGGGCUAAAAUACUUAGAAAUAAAUGCAAACAUUCUUAUUUUGCUAUAUUUAAUUACAUAAUUAAAAAUGUUUUCUAGAAAUGCUGGUUAUUUUAUAUUAAAAAAAAUUUGUCACAUAAUUCAUGGGUAAAACUUGCAGUUGUAUAUUGGUUUUGCUCUGUGUCCUAAUAGUGGUUCCAUGAUGUUAAUAUAAAGAAAAAUAUACUAAAACA